ACUGCGCAGAGCAAUUUUGUUUCCUUUUUCUGCAAUAUUAGGAUAUUGUGAAGGCAGUCUGGUUACAUAUGUGCUAACUCAGUUCUCAGAUGGUUUUGUCAAGCGUUCAGAGGUACACACGCACAUUAUGAGCAUGGCACUAAGGAGGACCAUACCACUUCUGCUUCUUUUCAUCUGGACUUGUAGCAGCACAGACUGUGGCACAGAUGCUACACUAGACUGGGCACAUCUUACUGAUGGAAAUAUUCAGUGUCGAAACAAGAACAUUUCCACAAUUAGAAACACCAAUCAUAGUGUAUCAAAUCUAGCUGAAGUAGAUCUUUCCAAUAAUAAACUCACGCGCUUACAGCAUGAUUUUCUUGUGAACACAACCUCAUUAAAAACCCUCAAUCUCAGCCAUAAUCUCCUGGUUGUUCUCCCUUCAAAUUUUUUGGAGCGCUCAACCAAUCUAAAACAUUUGAACCUGGAAGGAAACCCUCUGAAUUCAGUCCCGUCCACCAUAUUUGAAAAUAAAGCUCUGCAGCAGAUGGUGGUGGACUGCAGGUGUGAUGUUGUACAAAGUGCAAUAACACACUGUCAGAACUGCAGCUCUUUUCUAAAAUGUUCAUCAAAUUCAAACUUGACCAACGUUUACAGUUUCUAUGAAGAGAAAUGUUCGAUUAGUAUUGGACUUGUCGUCAGUCUUAGUCUAGCAUUUCUUGUGGUUGCUGUAGUUGUGAUCAUGGCUGUGAUCUGGCGUCUGAGGAGUACUUCAAAGACAAUUACACCUUCUUGUGGUAAUAAAGAAGUAGCAAACAGAAGCCCAGAAGGCCAGAAUCCUAGGUACGCCGCCACAACUAUGAGCGAGACGUUUUCGCAGAACCAGUUUUAUGAAAAUGUGGAGGUUGCUGCCACUGCUGCGGCACAGAAAAUGGAGUAUGAAAGUGUGGGCAUGAGUACACACCAGCAAGCACAGGGGCAGCCCCCCCAGGGUGAUGAUGAGUGCUACAUGCAGUACGAACCUCAGGAUGAAGCCAUCUACAGCAAUGACCCAUCUGUGUACUACAACUACUCCAGCUCUGCCAAUCCCACUGACGAUGUCUACAUCAUGCCUGAUCAGUAACACAACAAAAACACACAGCAGUGCUUGUGGAAGAUGUCACUAAAACAAGUGCAAUAAGGCUUUAAAGCUGCAGAAUCUCAGUCACACCCAGGAUUUAUUCUGCACUGUACUUCAUUGGAAACAAGACACUGUGGACUCCCUCGUUUGUUAAUGUGCUACGAAGGCAGGUCAGUUUAGUGGCAGCUUCCUCUCUGGCUCCAGUUUGAUUAUGUUUUCUAAAGGCAGUUUUAUUGUAGCUUUGCAGGUUUCCUCCCUCCCUGCAGUCCCUUGUAAUUGAAUGGGAUAUAUUUUCGCUGACCCUUUACCUUUACAUAUGCUUGCAAUCAUUCUCUGUGUCCAGUGCUUUCACCUGAGUUCAGGAGCUGCUCUUCAGUUCUAGUUACCUGCUGUAGAUAGCUGUGACGAGAUUAGUCCAAGUCAGUUUAGAGAGGUAAGAGCCAGCACCAUCUGCACCACUUUGGAUUUGAGUUGCCUUUAGUUUUCAUGGCAAUGCACCUCUGUGCACUGGAUGGAGUUUUCUAAUAUGAAUACACUCUGGCUGGUCUAGAGCUGAAGAGACUCUUUAAAAACACACACUAUUUGAGUAACUGCAAUAAGAACCACUCAGCAUUAUUAUGAGCAUCAUGAUAUAUCUGAAAACUCACAGCAGGGCGAUGCAAGUCCUAAUAACAGCAGUGUGUAGUGGUGUGGUUAGGGCUCUGGACUAACCACACUACUCACCACACUAACCACACUCCUAGUAGGGCAGCAGUGUGGAGUAAUGGUUAGGGGCGCUGGACUCUUGACUGGAGGGUUGUGGGUUCAAUCCCAGGUGGGGGGACACUGUACCCUUGAGCAAGGUACUUUACCUAGAUUGCUCUGGUAAAAACCCAGCUCUAUAAAUGGGUAAUUGUAUAUAAAUAAAUAAUGUGUAAAAAAAAUAACAGAAUUGAAUGUAAAAAUAAUGUGAUAUGUUGUAACAAUUGUAAGUCUCCCUGGAUAAGGGCAUCUGCUAAGAAAUAAAUAAUACUAAUAAAUAACACGAUCAGGCCAUGUAAAGGGGGUUUUGCCCAUUGAAAAUAUGAAUUAUGCAUGAUAUUUACUUUUAAUGCAUAAAUAAUACGCAUCGCCAUUUUGCUUCUUGUCGACCAAACUUUUGGAAGGUAAAUCUAUCUAAUAAAUACAAUAUUCCGUGUUUGGAGAGAGUCGGGAUGCGUUAUAUUGCUAAAGCAAGGCUCAGUCAGGAAUACAAUAUUAUCGUUUCUUUAGAAAUAUAUACUGUUAUGCUUUUGUUAAGUAUAUUCCAUCUGCAGCGCUGGAUCAAAUGAAAGUUCUGUUUCUGUGUUUGCUUCACAGCCAUUUGUGGUCAAUAAAGUAAAAAAA